CCCACCCCCUUAGGAGGGAAAGGGUUGUCAAGAUAUUUAAGCAUCUAACACAGAUAUUAGGCAGUGACCUUGAGGAGCUGAGCAGAGAGACAGCGUGAACUUAAUAGAGAAACCAGGAGACUGCAUCAUGGCCGGGAAGCCCAAGCUUCACUAUAUGAAUGGACGACUUCGAAUGGAGCCUAUCAGGUGGCUCCUGGCUGCAGCUGGAGUAGAGUUUGAAGAGCAAAUUUUGGAAAGUCGAGAAGACAUGGAAAAAUUAAUAAAUGAUGGGUCUUUGAUGUUCCAGCAAGUGCCCAUGGUGGAAAUCGAUGGGAUGAAGCUGGCACAGACCAGAGCCAUUCUCAACUACAUUGCUGCCAAAUACAACCUCUAUGGGAGAAACAUAAAGGAGAGAGCCCUGAUUGAUAUGUAUUCAGAAGGCAUUGCAGAUUUGUAUGAAAUGAUCCUGCGUUUACCACUAUUUCCACCUGAUGAACAAGAUGCCAAGAUGACCCAGAUCAGAGAGAGAACAACAAAUCGUUAUUUCCCAGCCUUUGAAAAGGUGUUGAAGAGCCAUGGACAGCACUACCUGGUUGGCAACAGGCUGAGCAAGGCUGACAUUCACCUGGUUGAAGUUAUUACUAUGUUGAAGAGAUUGACCCCAGUCCUUCUGACCAACUUCCCGCUGCUGAAGGCAAUUGAAUUCUUGCCUGAGCACACCUACCAGUUCCACAUUGUAACAACUGAAUAG